ACCCUCUCUCUCUCCACGUGCGUGUUCCUGAUGCGGGGGUGUACCUGGUGGGCUUGGCGGUUUUUUCCCCACCCACAGACCUCUCUGUAGCCCCGCCCCCACACCGCUCUCCUCCCCUGAACCACCAGCCAGGAGCAUAGAGCUCCUGUUGUUCCCAGCGUUGGGGUUUGUUCAGGCAGGUCGUGUGUCAUCUGUAGAGUUCAUCUGUCAGGAGCUGUCCUCACACACUCAGCUUGUCCUACAGAUCUACAGACCUCACUGUGGCCAGCACCCUGGACUAACCCUGCUGCUGCCUGGAUGCGGUGGUCUCCUAUGUCAUCCUGUGGCUCUUUGUGUCUCCAUGGAUCCCAGCACCUCCACCCCUUUACCAUCAACGUCCUGCCCUCCUCCCCAGCAGUGGUGCCCCUUCCUGGGCCGCUGCCUGCCCCUAGCCAGCCCCUGCCACCCUGGAUCCUGUGCCAACUGUACCCAGGCAGACACUCUGCCACCCGGGGCGCUGCGUCCCAGCUACAGCCUGGUGGAUGAGGUGGUGGUUACACUGCCUGCUGGACCUGUUACACACAUACUGGUGAGGGACCGUGUCGAGGACCUGCUGGUCUCCCCCGGCGACAUCAUCGGCCUGCAGCACGACGCUGGCCCCGCCUCCCUGCUCCGCUGUGACCCUUCACCCCAGUCGCCGUGGCGACAGCCAAUCCUGGCCCUCAACCAAUCUGACUGGCUGUGGGCCAACUCCAACCAAUCAGAAGGUUCCGUGGACCUGGACCAGAGCGUUGAAAUAACCCUGGAGGAUGUUCGAGGAGGAGUCUGGGCUGCGGACGUGGUCUGCCCGAUCAGGGUGCUCUACGUUGGGCAUAGUGAGACCCAGCUACAGGGGUCCCAGCUCUCCUCCGGCCUCCCCCAGCCGGGGCUCUAUAGCCUGGAGGUGACCUCCGACGACCCUGCCUUCCCCGUCAUGGCGUCAUGUCCCAUCCGCGUGGUCCCUCCCCUGGGCCUCACCGUCCUCCACCCCCCCUCUCAGAACGGAACCUACUACUUCAGGCCCAACCAGACGGUGGUUCUGCUCCGGGUCCACUCUCAGUACGGAGCCAAAGCCCACUGGCAGGGAAGCAACCAGAGUGUCCUCUUCCAGGACCACUGCCCCCCUGACUUCCUGCCCACUGUGGGGGAGUGUAGAGGGGCAGGCAGGGCAGGAGAACCAGGGAGAGGCGGGGGGAACCAGAGCCACAGUCUGUUUGCGGUGAUAGAUCUGGGGCUCGGGGAGGAGAGGGGGCCGGUGGUGGUGAAUCUGUCAGCACACAGCGAGGUGACGGAGGCCAGUCUCAGCCUGUUGGUCGGGGUGGAGGAACCUCUGAGAGGUCUGGUGGUCCAGCCUCAUCCCAGACACAGAGUCCUCAUGGAAUCAGUCGUGAGCUAUACUGCUGCUGUAGAGGGAGGUUCCAGCCCAACCUUUAAAUGGACAGUGGAUGAUAAGCCCUACUUCACCUACUACAACACCGUGCUGAACAUCAUAUACCAGAACCCAGCUGUCUACAAACUAUCGGUGACGGCGAUGAACCAUGUGAGCAACCUGACGGACCACUUCAACGUGACGGUCGACCGUAUGAACCCCAUGGUCAACCUCACGGUCACCGGCGUGCCUGGCGUGGUCACGCAGGGCUCGGACCAGUUCCUGACCACCUCCGUGGUCCUGGAUGUGUCCGUGGACGCCACCUUCCGGUGGUCGUUUGGAGACGGAGGUUACCAGGAAUAUGACUUUAAACCUCCCUACAACACCUCCCUGUACCCUCCCCUACCAGACUCCCCUACACAGGUGCUCCUGCCCAACAAAGUCAAGUACAAGUACCAACAGCCAGGAGUGUACACCGUCCUGGUGUCUGUGUCUAACCAUUACGAGAACAGGACCCAGCGCAUCGACAUGCACGUAUACAGUGUCCUUACCCACGUCGACAUAGAAACAGAGCCCCGCCUCCUCCAGGCCGGCCAACCAGCAGCUUUUGAGGCUCACGCCUUGCCCUCGGCCUAUGGCAUCGUCUAUACGUGGGAUUUUGCCGAUGGCUCCGCCUCCAGAGAGGGGCCUCAACGUCGCGUCAACCACACCUACGGGGUCGGCCACAGUGGCGUCCAUAAUGUGUGUGUGUCCGUGAAUAAUACCAUCAGCUGGACGAAGGCCUGCGCUGAGAUGUUGGUGUACGAGGAGAUUAAAGGGUUAACGGCGACCUCCUCCGCCCCGACCGAGCUCAACACCCCGACGACGGUCUCUGCACACCUGCAGGCAGGUAACAACGUCACCUGGAGCUUCGACAUGGGCGACGUGUCCAUGGUGACGACGGCGGGUUCCGAGGUUCCGCACACCUACGUGAAAGACGGGAACUACACGGUGAAUGUGACGGCACGGAAUGCGGUGAGCGCCCGCUGGACCCUGGUACCUGUCCAGGUGUUCGUGCUGCAGGUGGUGAGGCUGGAGCCGGCGGGCUGUGUCCGGGAGCUGACCCAGGUCGACUUCCAGGCCUUCGUUUCGGGGAAUGCCUCCUCUCACCUGUAUGAGUGGAGCUUCGGGGACGGGACCCCCAACCAGACACACCUGGGCAGCCCCAGGAUCAGCCACUCCUACGGGGGCAGCGGGGACUACCACCUCUCCCUGCUGCUGUCCAGCGGCGUCAACAAGGCCAACUUCUUUGCGUGGGUUUGUGUCCAGCCGGCGGUGUCCAAUGUGACCCUGACCCCAGAGAAGUGCAACUUCAGACUGGGGGAGGAGAGCCGGUUCAGGGCCAGCGCCCGGCCAGACUUCGACUACACCUACCUAUGGGAUUUUGGGGUGAUUGAGGACUCUACACCUGUUCAGGGCCAUAAGGACAUGGUGUUCACCUAUAAAAACCCUGGUCAGUACCUGGUGACGGUCACUGUGUCCAACAACAUCUCCUGCAGUAACGACAGCGUCCUGAUUCAGAUCCAGCGGCCGGUAGGACUGGUCCUGAUCCAACAUAACGGGACUAGAUCCAAUAACCUGACUCUGAGGGAGGUGUACCUCUUCACCACCUCAUCGCUGGCGCCUGCCAGCCUCUACACCUGGGAUUUUGGCGACGGAACGCCCCUCGCCCCCGGCCCGAACGCGACACACGCCUACAACGUCUCUGGAGUCUUCAAUGUCACGCUGACGGCUGCGAACCCGGUGAGCAGCAACCACACCUGCGUUGCCGUGGCGGUCCUGGCACCCAUCCGCGGCCUGGUGGUCAACGCUGAUCGGGUCAACGUCCCCAUAAACGCCACAGUCAACUUCAAGGCUCACCUGGAGGAAGGCGAUGGCGUGCGGUUUUCGUGGAACCUGUGUGACGGCUGCACGCCCAGGCUCCAAGAAUGGAAGACUCAUUACACCUUCCGGUCGGUGGGGACGUACAACGUCAUCGUCACGGCAGAGAGCGACGUGGGCUCAGCCCAGGCCAGCGUAUACAUCUACGUUCUGCGGGAGCUGGAGGGGUUGCAGAUCCAGCCUGAGGAGGAGAUGGGGGGCGAGGGGGGGUGCUGCUACGCUACGAACCGUGUGCUCCACCUCCAGGCUGCGCUGAGGGAAGGGACCAACAUGUCCUUCACCUGGAACCUCCUCAGGGAGUUGGCGCCGGUCAGCACUGCGCUCAACCUCAGCGGGAAGACCAUCCCGGUCAACUUCUCCACCCCUGGUCCCUGUGACGUCUUCCUGCGGGCCACCAACCUCCUUGGAACGCUCGCGGUGAACAGAACCAUCCAGUUCCUCGAUCCGGUUGGAGAGCUGUACCUGGAGACCAGCGUCAACCCUGUGGCGGUCAACUCCUCCACUAACCUGACGGUGUUGGCCAGUAAAGGCUCGGACCUGCAGUACCAGUGGUCGGCUGAUGAGGGCGCUCUAGGCUGGAAUGAGCCCUCUGUGAUUCAUCGGUUCACUGUUCCAGGAAUGAAGGUCGUUACUGUGGAAGUGUCAAAUGAGGUCAGCGCCGACACGGUGUCCAAGUUCAUUGACGUCCAGGAAGUGGUAACAGGAGUUACGUUCUCUGCGACUAACGUCACAGAGCAGAACUUUGUGGCCACCGGCGUCAAUGUCUCCCUCCACGGAGAAUUAAGGACCGGCACCAACGUAUCUUGGACCUGGCUGUUGCUGGGCAGAACAGAAAUGGGACGGAGGGUGUCCCACGUUUUCCAGGAACCAGGGCCGUUCACCGUUAUGCUAAACGCUACCAACGACGUUAGCGGCGAGGCGUUUUCCAGAGAGUUGACGGUACAGGAUAAGAUUCAGGGGUUGGAGCUAAGGGCCAGUAAGAGGAUCGCGGCGGUCGGGGAGAGGGUGGAGUUUACCAUCGCCAAGGCAUCAGGGACGAACGUGAGCUUCAUCCUCAGCAUCAGCGGAGACUCGACCGUUUUUGGCCUCAACCAGACCUACGUUCACCAGUUCAGCCGGGUCGACACCUACAUGGUAAACCUGACCGCACACAACCAGGUGAGUUCUGAGCGGCGCCACCUGCAGGUGGAGGUGAUGGAGCCAGUGAGCAUGCUGAGUAUCCUGGACUGCUGUGACGCCGCCAUGCCUGUGGGCGUCAAGAAGACCUUGGUAGCCGAAAUCCUGACAGGAAACCCGGUGACCUUCCUGUGGACCUUUGACCUUAACCACCUCCCCCUUCCCCACAUCGGGAAGGAGGUGACCUACAUCCCCGACCAGGCCGGGUCACUCACCAUCUACCUGAGGGCGUUCAACUUGCUCAACGGCCAGAACAUCACCAAGCACAUCCAGGUGCAGAACGUUCUGACGGAGGCCCGGGUUGAGGCCCGGCCCAGAGACACCUUCAUCAACAAGACGGUGAUGCUGAUGGCGGGCGUCACGCCUCAAUCCACACCCGUUACCUUCCUCUGGGACUUUAGGGACGGCUCCGCGCCCCUGCUCUCCACCACCUCCUCUGUUGAACAUGUGUACGCGUUCCCAGGUCAAUACCUGGUCCAGGUGAACUGUAGUAACUUGGUGAGCUGGGUGGUUGCCAGGGUGGAGGUGACCAUCAGGGUGUUGGAGUGUGAGGAGCCAGAGGUUCACGUAGUCCAGGCUCCUAGGCUAGCCAUCUGGCGCUACCAGCCCACCCUGGUGGAGGCUAGCGUGGACCUGAAGGCUUGCAUCCGCUACGGAGCCCAGUACCUCUGGGAGAUCUUCUCCACCCCGCACUGCAACUACGACCAUUCGGUGGCAGCACCUCUGGCCUCUAAGAUCCCUCUCCCGGGGGAAGUAGACGUGCGACGGCUGCAGCUCUCGCUGCCCAAGAUGGCUCUGCGUUCGGGGAACUACUCGCUGGUGUUCUCCCUGUCCUACCAGGGGGUUCCCCUGAGGAAGGCUGCCUGUCUACAGCUAACCGUCAUGGCCGCCCGCCUGGUUCCUAUCAUAGAGGGAGGGACCUACAGGGUGUGGUCCAAGACCCAGGACCUGCAGCUGAGUGCUGAGCAGAGCUAUGACCCCAACAUGAGCCUGGACAACCAGUCACUACUCCACUACCACUGGGACUGUGUCACCACCUCCAAGGGGCCAUCGUACUGUUCCAGUCUGAACUUUGGUCUGGGGUCCAGUGGUCCUGUCCUGGGUAUCCCUGGCUCUGAGCUCCAGGCAGAUGUAGAGUACACCUUCAGACUGACGGUCCGCAAGGAGGGAAUGGCCCCAGAGUCUACUACACAGACCGUGCUGGUCCAGAGUGGUCGUAUCCCCAUGGUCUAUCUGGAGUGUGUCUCUUGUAAGGCCCAGUCCAUCUUCGAGGUCAGUCAGAACUCCUAUGUCUACCUGGCUGGAACCUGCACCAACUGUCACCACUUCCACCGCGGGCGUUGGACAGCAGUCACCCUUCGUAACGAGACCCUGGUCCUGGACUCCAGCAGCACAACAACCGGACGUGACAGUAUGAACCUGGUUCUCCGCCAGGGCUUCCUGCAAGACGGACACUCCUACGUCUUCACCCUCCACGUAACCGACGGCAACAUGGACCGCGAGGGCGUGGCGUCCAUCACGCUACAGCCCAACAUGCCCCCGGCGGGCGGGGACUGUGACCUGCGAGUGGGGGGAGGAGGAGAGGGGGGACCAAUCAGAACACUGGUGGACAGGGUGUACUUCAACUGUUCAGGUUACAGUGACCUGGGCGUGUCAGAGACCCCUCUCCUGUACAGCCUGUUGGUGACUCGCUGCAGUGACAUGCACUGUGAGGAGUUCUGUGUGUAUAAAGGGACCAGUCCAGAGCACUCUGCCUUCCUGCCCCCCGGGUUCAGAUCAGGUCGAUACAGGGUGUCAGCAUCCAUUACUGUAGAAGACCACCAGGGGGCAGCAAUCACCGCUCUCAACAAGUCUGUGGAGGUGGUUCUUCCAGACAGUCCUCCAGGCUACAGCAGCCUGCCCCACUGGCUCAGUAAGCUGACCUCCACCACACUCAGACAGCUACUGAAACAGGGAGACUCACAGAGGGUCAGAGAGCUGUCCCUGGCCCUGAUCACUGUUCUCAAUGAGUAUGAGCAGACCCGUGAGUCGCCGAUAGUAUCCAGGGCGGAGCGCGGUUACCGGGUCAUCGUGCGUAGUGACAUCACCAGAGCUCUCACGGCCCUCGACCUGACUACAGUUAACGACAUACAGCAGACCUCGGCUGCCCUGGCACAAUGCACGGCGGUGAGUCGUGAGUUUAUCUGUGAGGAAUGUCAGAACAGCACGUUGAAUAAGCUGGAGUUGAUGUUGAACAUCCUGGAGACAGACACCAAGCAGGGAACAGUCACACCUACUGAGAUAGCAGACAACAUCCUCAACAUCAUGGGUGACCUUAUCCACCAGGUAAGCCAGUCGGCCUCCCAGCAGCUCUUGGGGCCCCCCGACCUCCAGCUGGACUCCUCCCUUCCCCAGCCUCACCAGCCCCCCGAGGACCACCCCCUGCGCGUAGCAGCCAAGGCCUAUAAUCUGUCGUCGGCGCUGAUGCGUAUCCUGAUGCACUCCCGCGUCCUUAACGAGGAACCACUAGUGCUGCGGGGGACGGAGAUCGCCGCCACGGGAAAACGGGCCGACCCCCAGUCACUGUUCUGUUACCCCGACGAUGACUCACCGGAGUGCAGACGGUUCUCCAUCCCCAGAGCCUUCAACAACAGUCUGAGCAGAGCAGCUACCAGCGUGGUACAACUCAUGUUCCAGGUGGAGCCCAACCCGUUCCCCUUUAACUUUGUGGCUAACUACACAGUCAGUACCGAGGUGGCCUCCAUGGAGUUCCGGGCAGAGAACGGUUCCCAGAUCCCAAUCUCAGACCUCGACGACAACCAAGCCAUCACCGUUGCCGUGAACAAUGGCAGCGCCACCGACAGCAAUGGGGCAGGGGUGACGGGAGUCCCUUUAGCCAGGGCCAUUAACGUGAGCCGGUGUGACUCUGUCAUCGUACGGGUCAGCGCCGGUAACGCCAACCAGCAGGCCGGACUGUUCAUCCAACUCAACUUCACCACCCUGGACGACGGGGUGUGGUCAGAGGUGAGCGAGGCGGACCCCUCCAUCAUGACCUACCUCCACUCCUCCAACUGGCCCAACGAGUUCAACUUCACAGACAGGAAACGCAUCACACUCAGCAUGACCAGGGGGCGGGACCUGGACCACAGGAAGUACACCUUCUUCCUGUCCCCAGAGUCCCAUGACACGACCCUGGACUACUAUGUCAACGUGACAACGGGCUGUACCACUGACUCCCCCAGCGCGGGGGUGCGUCUGGAGGUGGGUGUGUUUACGUCCCUGUGCCAGUACUUCAGCGAGAGCACCAAGCUGUGGCGUACAGACGGCAUGGUGCCGCUGGCAGAGACUAAUGCCAGCCGGGCCGUCUGCAGCACCCGCCACCUCACAGCCUUCGCUGCCAGUCUCUUCGUUCCACCUGAUGCUGUCACCUUCAUACGGCCUGAGCGGGGGGUUCCCAGUCUCGUGGUGUUGUUGACGUGUGUGGUGGGGUUGCUGUGUUACGCCGUGGCGGCGGCCAUCUUACAUAAACUGGACCAGCUGGACCUGAGGAGGGCGGGGACGGUGCCGCUCUGUGGACACGACGGAACAUUCAAGUACGAGGUGCAGGUCAAGACCGGCUUCAGCCGCGGGGCAGGCACGUCGGCACAUGUAGGCAUCAGUGUGUACGGCUGUGAGGGGCGUAGCGGGCAUCGACACCUGGACAGCCCCGGGGCCUUCGCACGUAACGGACUGGACAUCUUCCACAUCGCCACGGAAACUAGCCUGGGCAGCGUCUGGAAGAUCCGCGUCUGGCACGACAACAAGGGUCUAUCUCCAGCAUGGAAGCUCCAGUACGUCCUGGUGAAGGACCUACAGACAGGGAGCAGUUACUAUUUCCUGGUAGAGGAGUGGCUGUCAGUGGACAACGAGAGGACAGAUGGAGGCGUGGAGAUAGAGGUGGAGGUCUCAGAAGAGGCAGAGCUUCGUCGGUUGCCCCGCCUCCUGAACUGGGAGCUUCAGCGUGCUCUGUGUGAGAGUCACUUGUGGCUGUCGCUAUGGGAACGGCCCGUCCGCAGUCCCUUUACCCGCCUCCAGAGGGCGACAUGCUGCGCCCUGCUGCUACAGCUCUGUCUGCUGGCUAACACCAUGUGGUACAGCACCGUGGCCAAUAGGAGCUACAGCUCUGUAGCAGUGUCCAGUCUGGUGGUGGUGGAUGUGGAGACUGUGGCUGUGGGAGUGGUCAGCUGUCUGGUGAUUUACCCCCUCUACCUGCUGGUCUUCACUCUCUUCAGGAUGAGUCGUAGCAAGUGUGUGUCAGUAGAACAGGUGCCGUCCUCCCAGGUGGACCAGGAGUCAGUGGAGAUAGAUGACUUCCUGGACAACUCCAUGGCAGGAAGCUCCUUCCUCAUCUUUAACGGUGUCCCUGGAGAGACCUAUUCAGAAGAGACCAACGUGGACCUCCCCCCCACGCCCUCCACCAAGAGUGUCCAGAGUUGGGGUGUGGUCCAGGAAGAGGAUGACGACGAGGAGCGUGAUUGGCCAGAGUUGUUGAGUGACAUGUCUGAGGUGGGAGGGGCGGGCCUGGGGGCGGGGCUACCCAAGUUGAAGAGAGGUCAAGGUUCAAGACACCUGGGGGUGGACAUGACCCUUCACCCCGACAAUGACGACCUCACACACCGCAAUAAGUACUUCACAUCCUCAGAUGAAGACCUGAUUAAGCGGAUCCUGGCGGACGGCCAGCUGCAGGUGUCUCAUCUCUGUGACCCCCAACACUUCUUCUCCCAGAGAGCAGACAGCGAGACGGCCGACCUGUCCAGUAUCUUUGGUGAUAAGACAGAGGUGGUCCUCCUUCAGAAGAUGAAUGAACCGCUGUCCCUCGGAGCCGUCAAGAGGGAGCCCCCUAGAACAGCCUUCACCUCACGCACAGUUGUAACAGACGUGUGUAGUCCGAGGCGUUUCCCUCCCUGGUGUGGGCAGGCUGCUCUAUGGGGCAGCUGGUCGGGGCUUGUCCUAGCCAAUGGGCUGUCAGUGUGGGCAGGAAGAGGCUUCAGUGAUGCCGUGGCUCUGAUGUGGCUCAUUUCCUGUAUCGGUAGCUUCCUGUCCUCCUGCUUGCUGCUGGAGCCAAUCAAGGUGUUACUAGAAGGCCUGUACUUUGCCCUGUGGGUGAAGAGGCUCCGUCCAGAGGAGCAGGAUGUCCUGGUGGAGUGUCCUCGUGUUGACAGAGUUGUCCAGCGUGUCCCCAGAGUCAGACCACCCCAAGGCUUCGCUCUGUCCCAGGCCAGACAGCAGGCCCGCAAGGUCCACAUGCUGCACAACAUGCUGAAGAACUUCCUGGUGUUCAACACUGUUACCAGGACACGGGCUGUGUUUGUGGAGUUCUCUCUCUACAACACCAACACAGACCUUUUGGCCUUCUUCUCCUUCCUGUUUGAGUUCCCCGUCUCUGAGCACACUCAGUCCAGCCUCGACCUCUUGACCUUCCGCCUGCAGCCUAUCACAGGCCUCGACCUGCAGCUGCAGCUCACGAUCCUUCUCUUCUCCCUCGUGGUUUAUUUCUGUGUAUGUGCGGUCCUGGGCCUGAUGAGAGAGGGCUGGGUAUACCUCCUGUGCCCGUGGCGGUUGCUGGGCGCGUGCAGCCUGGCGCUGGCAGCGUGUGUGUGUGGCCUCCACAUCAGCCGAUGUGCCGCCGCCGGGCGCCUGUGGGCGUCGUACCUACGGCAACGAGACGGGUACACUGACUUCUACCCGCUGGCACGGCAGAGCCAAGCUUACACCCUGCUGUCUGCCAUGCUCCUGUUCAUACUGGUGUUGAAGGCGUCCCACCAGUUGCGUUUCCUGAGGGAGUGGGCAGUGUUUGGCAGGGCUCUGAGACGCUCUGUCUGGGAACUGAUAGGAACAGGUCUGGUCCUGCUGGUCCUGCUGCUGGCCUACUCACACACAGGACACCUGCUCUUCCACUCCGUGAUGGACGGAUAUGGCAGCGUGAGCUCCGCCUGCCUGUCGUUGCUUGGCGCUGGCGGGCGUGGCCUGUUGUCCUUGCGACCAUCGUCAACAACAACCGGCCCCUCUAGCUCCGCCUCCAGCCUGGUUUUCCACGUGAGCUUCGCCGUGCUGCGGCUGGCGUUGCUAUGGCUGGUGACCUCUGCGUUGUUAAGGAACUAUCGUCGGGCGCGGGCGGAGUUGUACCGCCCGGUGGUGGACCUACAGGACUAUGAGAUGGUGGAGCUGUUUCUACGACGACUGAAGAUGUGGAUGGGCCUCAGCCGCACCAAGGAGUUUCGUCACAAGGUGCGUUUUGAGGGCAUGGAGCCCCCCCCCUCUCGCUCCUCCUCCACCAGUGACUGUCAGUCCCUGUGCCUGCCCCCUCUGGACGGCUCCGAGUCGCCCCCUGGCAGCCUGGACGGGACCUCUGAGGCCUCCUGGAGACCCACCUCUUCCAGCCCCUGUAGCCUGACAGAGGCCCCCGGGAUGGGGCUAAGCCUGGGUCCUGGCGGAUUGGGACCAGGUGCGUUGGCGGGUGGAACAGCCUGGCGAGAAAGGGCGGAGACUGAGGCGACUCUGAAGAGGCUUCUCCCCACACUGGACGCCUUGCUGCAGCAGCUGGACCGGGUCACCGUGGCGACCGAGGAGCUGUACCGUACCGAGUGUGUCCUGGAGCGUGCCCAGAGGAAGGGAGGAGGGCCGAGGGGGGGGAAGGGGAGGAGAGGAGAGGAGGAGAGGGGGAAGAGUAGAGCGGGCCGAGGAGGGAAGGGGAGGAGAGUUUCUCCCCAUAUCAUUUCCCCUGCCUUGACCCCUGCUCCUGCCCCUGUACCCCUCUCUACUCCCGCCCUACCCUCCACCCCUGCCCCCUCCUCCUCCUCCACUCCCGCCACUCGAGAGUGGGACCCCCCUACGGAGAGAGAGACCCUGCCCCCCUCCAGCCUCUUCAACCACCCGGCCCACACCACCACCAUUCCCACACGCAAACGCAAGCCCCCGCCGCUCAAGAACAAGGUGCACCCCAACCCAGACAGGCAUGUGUCCGGACACCCCAAACCCUGA